CUUGAUGCCCUGAACGAAAUGCAAUCACUACUUCAGUCUAUGAAUUCAGCCAUAGCUGAUAGAAUUUUGCUGAACAUUUUAGAUAACUCAGUUGCUAUUUUAGUUGGAGUGUGCAGUGCAAUUGCUGUCAGAACGUCACUGGCAAGGCAACCCUUAUCAAGAAGCGAGCAACUGUCGCUCAAGCUACCAGACAACUUAAAAGAGGCAACACAUACGUUCAGAUACCAAGUUGACUUCUUCCUGUAAAGUAUCGCUUGGUUAUAUCNAGUAUUAACGACGCAAACAGUCCUCUAUUAUAUAGUUGAAUAGUCAUCGUAAGGUCUUUUUUUAUUGAGAAUAGUCAUUCAUCCAAUUCUAGUAUAGCAGAUGCACAUUCUAAAGCGUCAGUUCUUUAUUGGUAUGUACAAAGUGUCAAUACGUUAUCGAUGUUUGAAGCCUUGUUAACAGCAUCUCUUUCAGACUUUUGUCACAAGUGGUACUAGUAUUGAACAAAUAUCGAUGCCAAAGCUUUGAUGUCACCUUUUUAUGAUGUUGUAGAGAAAGCAGACAGGGCAACGAUAACCUGGGUCAUUCGUGUAACAGAGUUGCUUUAAAGGUUUGCCACAGUAAAGAUAAGUAAGGUUCCUGGAUAAAUAUGAGGUUGUGCUC